AUGACUUGGGCUGUUUCAGCGCUUAGUGUCGGGUGCAUGGUUGCUGUCAAGCUGCUUCGAGCUGCUUCAAGCUGCUUCAAGUACAAGCGUGUGAAGGCAAGUGAAUCUGACGUGAGCAAAGGCAUCCCACGCUUUGACUGCGACCAGCCUCGCAUGCCAGGAUGGUGUGACCGGAUUCUGUGGCGUCGUGCUGCUGAUGUGGAGGUAAAGGUCCUGGACUACGUGGCAAUUGAGUCUGCGGACUACUCCGAUCAUCGACCUGUUUGUGCUGUUUUGGAGGUUGGCAGGUUGAGCAGUUGA